GUUUCACCCCGACUCGAAUCCUAAUCACACACACCUAAGUAACCCUCUGGACUGGUUCUCCUCGGUCAAGUCAUGUCAGAUAACCCCUCUUUUGUCCUCAAAGGUGUCGAAGACGUCACCUUCGAGCAGCGCCCUAUUCCUGAAAUUCAGCCCGAUGAGGUGCUCGUUGAGGUUCAGAAAACUGGUAUCUGUGGUUCAGAUGUUCAUUACUUGCUACAUGGGCGCAUUGGGGACUACAUUGUAGAAGACCCGAUGGUUUUGGGCCAUGAGUCUUCAGGUGUUGUAUAUAAGGUCGGUAGUGGUGUCACCGGCCUGAAAAAGGGAGAUCGUGUGGCUAUGGAACCUGGCGCCACUUGCCGCAUGUGCGAAUCUUGCAAAGCAGGUCGCUACCAGCUCUGCCCCGAUGUUCGUUUCGCAGCCACACCGCCGUUUGACGGCACCCUUGGGCGCUACUACCGCAUCCCCGCGGAUCUUGCCUACCCACUCCCACCAAAUCUUACUUUGGAGGACGGUGCCAUGAUAGAACCACUUUCGGUCGCAGUUCAUGCUGUCUCCACGCUAGGAUCCUUCAGAGCAGGUAAAAACAUAGCUGUAUUUGGAUGCGGCCCCGUGGGUAUCUUGUGUAUGGCGGUGGCCAAGGCUAUGGGAGCAUCUCGGGUCGUUGCUGUUGAUAUCGUUCAAGCCCGACUCGAUUUUGCCAAGUCUUACGCUGCUACCGAUGUUUUCCUCCCUCCCGCCCCGGAGAAAGACGAAUCGAGGCCCGCUUUGUCUAGAAGAGCGGCCAAAGCUAUGAGAGAACAACUUCAUAUUCCGGAGCGCGGGGCCGGCAGCAUUGACUUGGUUAUCGAUGCCAGCGGGGCAGAGAUAUCUGUUCAAACCGGCCUGCGCAUCUGCAAGGCUGCUGGGACUUAUGUACAAGUUGGAAUGGGCAACCCGGACAUCACAAUCGAUAUGGGAGUUGUCAUGUCCAAAGAACUCCAACUGAAGGGAUCUUUCCGUUAUGGGCCCGGAGACUAUCCACUUGCCAUUCAACUUGUUUCUCAAGGCAAGAUUGACCUGAAGCCACUCGUCAGCCAUAGGUACAAAUUUGAAGACGCUGUCGUCGCUUUCCAGACCACGCGCAAAGGAAAGAGCGAUGAUGGGAAAGGUGUCAUCAAAGCCAUCAUAUCUGGCCCUGACGUUCCCGUGGAAUCAAACUGAGGCUGAAGGAAUGAAAAUUAUCAAAGGAGGCUUAAGGGAAAAAAAGGAACUAUGUACGAUACAUGCAGAUGUACUUGUAUUGACAGCUCGAUCAAAGGUAGCCUGUAGCGCUGACAGUUGCAUCGGAUGUG